AUGGCAGACUUCAAAGGUUACUACAACUACUACUACUAUCUGUGUGUUUUUGUUAUCUUGACUACUACUACUUCUUGUUCCAUGGCCACAACCUCACCAUCUGACGUAAUCAAAGGGGCUUACUGGCCUUCAGGGGCCUCGGAUUUGCCUCCGUCAUCCAUCGACACUACGUUGUUCACUCACAUCUACUAUGCUUUUCUUUCACCUAACAAUGUCACUUUCAAGUUUGAUAUCUCAAAUUCAACAGCCUCGAUGCUCUUGGAUUUUACGUCUACGCUCCAUGCAAAGAAACCUCCAGUGAAGACACUUUUUUCCAUCGGUGGAGCCGGUGAAGACCUGAGUAUCUUUUCCAAGAUGGUAUCUAGUGGUCACUCAAGGAGGAGUUUCAUUGAGUCAUCCAUAGAAGUAGCAAGAAAGUUUGGUUUUAAUGGUAUUGAUCUUGAUUGGGAAUCUCCUCAAAACCCAAAAGAAAUGGAAAAUUUGGGCCUCUUACUCCAUGAAUGGCGGGCUAUGGUCCAUAAAGAGUCCAAAGCAACGGGCCAGGCCCCUCUCUUGCUCACCGCGGCCAUGUACUUCUCCGUGGACUUUUUCCUCUACGAUGUCCAACGCUCGUACCCAGUGGAUUCGAUUGGUAAGAACUUGGACUGGAUCAAUGCGAUGUGUUACGAUUACCACGGAGGAUGGGAGACUUCGACAACGGGGGCCCAAGCUGCAUUGUUCGACCCAAAAAGUAAUGUGAGCACGAGUUAUGGGCUUCAAUCAUGGAUCACGGCUGGGCUCCCUCCUAGCAAGUUGAUCAUGGGCCUACCAUUGUAUGGGAGAACGUGGCAGCUCAAGGACCCUAGAUCACACGAUGUUGGAGCUCCAACUGUUGGCGUGGGCCCUGGAUCGGACGGUGUCUUGACAUACUCUAUGGUGGAGGCAUUCAAUAAGGUGAAUAAUGCCAUGGUGGUGUAUGAUAUGGAGACGGUGUCCACGUAUUCUAUAGCAGGGACUUCAUGGAUUGGGUACGAUGAUACCAAAUCAACAAUAGUAAAGAUAAAAUUUGCUCAAGCCCUUGGGCUUCGCGAGUACUUCUUUUGGGCCGUCAAUGGUGACUAUAAUUGGAAAAUCUCAACACAAGGUUAG